AUGGAAUCGAAAAAUGACAAUCAGGACAUGAAUAGGAAUAACAACGAUGAAAAUGACAAAAGGAAUCAAUUGCUUUCUCAAUUACAAAACGUAAACAAUCAAAUUAAUACCAUCGGUAACAAUGAGAACUCCAAUGACGAUAAACAAACCACACCUAAUAUCGAACCUUCUACCUUAAUGGCUUUCAACAGUAACAUCCCUCCCCAUUCAGUUAACAAUGAUGAUAUGAAUUUCACUUUGGAAUUGAGUGAGAAUUUACUCACGGAAUGUAGGAAACUUCAAGCAAUAAAUCAAAAGAUAAAUAAACAAUUGGUUGAGAAAAGUUCACAAAAUAAAAAAGUUACUGAUCAAUUAAAAAAAUUAACAAAGGAAUUUCAAGAUUCUAAGAAUGUUACGUGGGAAUUAGAACAUAAUUUUAAUACCAUGACUCAAGAUUUGAAAAUAACUAAAACUAGUUUAUCUAAGAAGGAAUUACAAUAUCAAACCACAUUGAAGAAAUUAAAUGAUUUGAAUUCAAAACUGGAAAUCGUUAAUUUGGAGAGAAAAGGUUUAGAAAAUAAUUCAAAUGAUGAGAAGAAGCAAUUGAAAUUGCAAUUAAUGACUUUGAAGAAAAAUAUUAAUGAUCUAAACGAUGAAAAUGAUCAACUUAAUGAUAAAUUCCAAACAUUGAAAACAGAAAAGCAAAUAAUGGAAAGAAAAUUAAAUGAAGCUAACCACACAAUUCAAGAAUUAACAUCAAAAUCAAUAAUAGAUACCAAUGAAAUACCAACUCAAACAGAUACCCAACCACUUACUUUAGAAAAUGUGGAAACAUUCACAAAAGAAAACAAUUAUAUUCUUUUACCAUCAAAAGAAUUUGAACAAUUGAAAAAUCCAAAUUCAAAAACAUUAAUCGAUACACUGGAAAGAGAUUAUAAAGAUUAUAAAGUACUGCCUAAAAUCGACUAUGAUAAUAUUCAAAACCAAUUACAUAAUCCUUCAGAAGAAUAUUUGACAAUCAAUUUGAUUGAAAAAUUUAACAAGAAAUCAAUUCCAAAGGAGAAAUAUGAUGCAUUACUCCACCCAACUCCCUUGUAUUUGAUUGAUCAACUUAAAUCGAAAGGUUAUAUAUCAAUUCCUAAGGACGAGUACGCUCAACUGAUUAGUAAAAUCGAAUAUCCAUCACUAGAUCACGUAACGGAAAUGGCUUCAAAAUUAAAUAAUAAAUGUAUACCUAUUGAAAAAUAUGAAUCAUUAACCAACCCUUCGUUUAAUGACUUAAGGGAGCAUGUUGAGAAACUGGGAUAUAAAAUUUUAGAAGAGUCUGAAUAUCAUAAUCUACUCGAUCAAUCAUUACAUCCCACUGUCGAUAGCAUUAAGAAAACAGCAUUAAAAGAUGAAGAAAAACUAAAUCUAUUGAAAUGGUUAUCAGAAGAACAGAAGGAAGAAUAUAUGGUCAUACCAUCGAAGGAAUAUAAUGAAAUCGUUGAACCCUCUGAAGAAACAUUGAUUGCUAAAUGCCAACAACAUGAAAUAACAUGUGUUCCUAAUAACAAAUUUAAAGAAUUGGUUAGUACAUUCGACUCACCAUCAUUAGAGUUCUUAGAAAAUAAAGCUAAACAACUGGACCAUUCAAUUUUACCAACUAAAAGGGUCAAUGAAUUAAUUAAUACUUUUGAAGCACCAUCUGAUGAAUUCUUGGAAUCAAACAUUUCCAAGAAAGGGAAGAAAAUUGUUACAAAUGAUAGAUUUAAUCAAUUAUUACGUGCAUUUGAAGCUGAUGAAUCCUAUCUGAACGACAAAGCAAAACAAUUAGGUAAGACUCUGGUUGCAAAGGACAAGUAUGAACAAUUAUUGAACACAUCAAUUAAUCCAUCCCUUGAAUUCUUAUCGGAUAAAGCAUCACAGCUGGAAAUGACAAUGCUUUCCUCAACUGAAUACUCGGGUUUGAAAAAUAUUACUGAGCAUCCAUCAAUAGAAUUCCUAACUGAAAAGGCUUCGUCAUUAAAUUAUGAACUUCUUCCUAGGGAAGAAUAUAACAAAUUACAAGUGAUCACAGAAGACCCUUCCUUAGACUUCUUAUCGGAAAAGGCUAAGGAGAAAAAUGCAACUCUACUUCCAACUGACGCAUAUGUCCAACUGGAAGAAACAAUAACUAAUCCAAUUUUAAGUUUCUUGACUGAAAAGGCGCAUGCUAAAGAUUGUGUUGUCAUUAAUAAAAACGAGUACGAUGACAUAACAAGAAAGGCAAUAUCACCAACAAAGGAAGAACUUAAUCAAUAUGCUGUAAGGAAUGGAGAAAUAUUAAUCCCGAAGGAGCAAUACGAAUUAUUAAAUGAAACUUUCUCAAAUCCAAAUACAGAAUUUUUGAAGGAGAAAGCUCAGUCACAUAAUAUGAAAUUAAUUGACGCUAAUGAAUUUGAAUCUUUACAAAACCAAGGGUCUGAUAAGAAAUUCAUUGAAAAAUCUUUAACCGCACUAGGUUUAAUGCCAGUGCCAGUCGCAGCUCUUGAUUCAUUAAAAGCAUCAACUUUAGAAAAUAGUAAUGUAUCAUCAAUCAAUAAAAGAUUGAACGAUCUAAAUUAUACUGCCACACCCAAUGAGGAACUAGCAUCUUUAAAGACUCCUAUAGUAGAGAAGGCUACUAAGGACGAUACAUUAUCUUUAUGUUCAAAGUACUUAUUAACGCCAAUACCAAAUGAUGAAUAUACCAAGUUGCAAAAUGAUGCAAAACCUGUCAUAUAUAGUGAUACGGAAUUAAAUGAAAUGAUCAAGGCUCGUGGAUACGAUGUCCUGUCACAAGAUGAAGCCAGUAAUUUAAGAGAGCUGGCGGAACAUCCUUCAUUGCAGUUCUUGGAAGACCAUGCUACAUCUUUAAAUAAGGUAAUAAUAGAUAAACAAUUAUAUGACGAAAUGGAAAAACAACUAGAGACUCCAAGUAUUGAAUAUCUAAAUGCAAAAGCUAAUGUUGUAGGUUAUAAGAUCAUAUCAGAAUAUGAUGUGGAAAAACUAACGAAUACUGUUGAAUCACCAUCAUUGGAAUAUCUAACAGAUAAAGCUAAUAGCUUAGAUAUGACUUUGAUCAAUAAAGAUGAAAAAAAUAAUUUACUUGAUCAACAAGAAAAUCCCACUCUAGAUUAUCUAGUUUCAAAAUGCAACUCUUAUAAUAAAACCGUCAUUGAUGAAGCAGAAUAUACUGACCUUGUGAGAAGAUUGCAAUAUCCUACAUUUGAGGAACUUCAUGCUUUUGCAACGAAGCAAGAAAUGACAUUAAUACCUACGACAGAAUAUAGUAAAUUGACGGAACAAAUUGACAACAGUUCAUUACAAUAUCUAAAGGACUCUUUGAUUAAGUUAGACUAUGUUCCUCUACCAAAAGAAGAACUAGAUCUAUUGAAGCAAAAAAUAGAAACUCCAACUGAAGAAUAUUUGAUUGAAAAAGCACAAGUAUUUAAUAAAUUACUUGUUGAUGAUACACAAUACGAGAAUAUGGUCAACUCAAUCCAAUCACCUUCAAAUGAAUAUUUGGCUGAAAAAUCUCGUGAGAAAGAUCUAGUAUUAGUCAACACUACUGAAUAUACUGAACUUAGCGAUAAGUUGGCACAUCCAACCGAGAAUGUGUUACGAGAAUUAGCUGCAAAACUAGAUAAAGUAGUUGUUGAUAAGAUUAAGUAUAACAAUAUAAUUGCGUCUGUCGACUCUCCAUCAGCCGACCAUUUGGCUAAAAAAGCUAGUGCACUUGAUUUAGCCUUAGUGAAACAAUCUGAAUAUAACGAACUAAAGAAAAUACAAGAAACACCCUCAUUGGAUUAUAUACAAGGAAAACUUACGCCAAUGCAUAAGCUAAUUGUAGAUACUACAGAGUAUAACAAGCUAAAGCAGUUCGAAACUAACCCACCUAUUGAAUUUAUCCAAAAAAAGAUAGCAGAAAACGACAGUAUAAUAAUUAAUAAAGCUGACUACGAAAAUCUCCAGGAUAAAGCUCAAAACCCAACAUUAGAAGUUGCUGAAAUGUUUGCAAAGAAACAUCAGUAUGCUCUUUUGAAAAAAGAUGAACUGUCGGGCUUUGAUAACAAUGAACUUUCAAUCUCGAAUGAGCCACCGGUUAUCAUUAGUAAAGAAAGAUACGAUUCUCUGAUUAAUACAAAAGCAUUUAUCAUAUCGAAAGACGAUUUGAUAGAACUCUGUAAGCCGCUCAAUAUUGUACCCAUGUCAGCAAUUGAAUACGAAAAACUUACAGCACCUUUAAGUGAACAAGAUGUGAACACAUACGCGAAUGAUCAUUCCUUGAUUCUGCUUCCAGAAGAUAAAUACAACGAGUUGAAUUCAGAAAUUGAGUCACCCAACCAGGAUAUAAUUGACAAGACUUUAAACAGAAGAAAUAUGGUCGCAAUUCCUAUCACUGAAUAUGAUAACCUCACUUCAGAUAUUCAAAAAUCCCAACUAUCAAAAGAAGAACCUUCGAGUCCCUCUCUGGGUAAUAGUAUAUCCGGCCAAGAUGAAAAGACAGAAUUAUCACAGAGUAAUAUAGUUACUACCGAGGGCUCUUCUGAGAUAGAAAACUCAGAAUCUAGAGACCACAUUUCUCAGGGAUUAAGGAAAAUGAACCUGUCAAUCUUGCCAACAGAUAAACAUCAGGAAUUGGUUAAACGUAACGCUCCAGAAGAACACAUGAACUAUAACGACUUGGCAGCUGCUGCAAAAGGUAUUGGUAUGAUUUUAGUACCAAGAGAUGACAAUCUGGAAAGAAUCACAUCUCAAUCUACAGAACAAGGAACGAUUUACCGACGCCAUGAUGAUACAUCAUCGUUUAUCAGUUCAAACUCUUCAUCAACUGGCACUUCUAUUUAUUACGAUGCAGCUCAAUCAAAUAGUAGAAUCGAUCAUAGAGACUUAUCAAGUUUAAUUCACACUAGUACAGUCUCCUCUGCUAGUUCAGGUAUGUUUGUUGAUGCACUCGAUAGUAAUAUACAUGAACAACAUGAUGCUUUUGACAAUGUAUCACAAACUUCAACAGUACGUGCACCGGAUGAUACCAAUGAUUCAUUAUUAGAUUUGGACAAGUUCAAAGAUAGAGCAAAAGAAUUAGGUUUCAUACUAGUCCCAAUAGAUGAUACAACCCAAGGUAAUACCAAAAUGCCAAACUUAUCGGAAGAUUCUGAUAAUGUCGAUAUUGAGAGCGAUUUUGACGAAAAUGAAUUAUUGGAGAAGGCGAAUAAAUUUGGUAUGAGCUUAAUAUCUACUGAUGACUAUAAUACAUUUAAGGAGUUGCAAAGUUUAAGUACUUCUCCUGAACGACUUGUUAAAUUUGUUAACGAUUUAGGAUACGUUCUUUUGGAAGAGAAUGUGUAUGCUGCUCUUCAGGCAGAUGCAAAAUUGAACAAAGAGAAAAUAAUUGAUAAUUCUCAUUUGUUUGGAUUGAAAACUUUGGAAGAAACUGAAUAUCUUGAAUUGGAAAAGAAAUUGGAAGAUAAUAAAGUAACAAAGGAAAAUAUUUCACAGAAGGCAAGAGAAUUAGGAUAUUUAGCUCUAUCUUUACCAGAAUAUCAAAAUAUCAUGGCCCAAGUAAAUCAGGCAAGGAAUAUACCAUUAACAACUCUAGAAGAAAAAGCGAGGGGACACGAUUUGGUAGUAUUACCACAUGCAGAGUAUACCGCGUUGUUGGAACCAAGGCAAGCCCCUAGUCUCCCUCUUGAUUCUACCACUACUCAUCCAGAAACCGCAUUGGAAGAACUUCAGAGAAAUACAGACAGAAUAAAUUCAACGAUAGUAUCGCAGGAAACCCAUUCCGAUUUGCCAUCUUCGAAAGAAAUUUGUCCAAAAAAUGAGUUGAUAAAACAACUGGCCAGCUAUGACUUGAUUGCCAUCACCCAAGAAAGGUUUGAAGAAAUUAAGAAUGAGCUAGAAAAUCCAGCAUUUACAAGAGAACAAAUCAUGGAACAAUUAGAUAAAUUAGAUCUGAUUGCAGUUAAAAAGGGAGAGGUUCCUACAUCACCUGCGGGGGAUGAGGACGAUAAUUUUGACGACACUUUUGAUUUUGUUGAGAAAACACAAGACGUCCAAGAAGAGUUAGUACAAUUGAAACGAAAGGCCAAGAAAUAUGGACUACUAAGUGUCCCUGAAAGUUCAUUCAUAGUAACUUCAUAUGCCACGGAACCAGAUUUGAAUAAUGUUGUUAUUUUACCAGUUUCCUAUUAUAAUAGUUUAUUGUCAAAAGAAAAUGAGAAACUACACCAAGUUAGUAAUGAUGCAUUGAAGAAAGAAGCAAAUAAGAGAGGGUUUGCCAUCAAUAUGCAAUGGGAUAAUAAUAGUAAUAAGAACAGUUCAACUUUGAUGCAGCCGCCAGUUAUUGUGUCAGCAGCUUCUACACCGCCAAUUAAGCACGUUUCAAAGAGUUCCGUUACAUCUGGUGAUUCAAUUGCUGGGAAGCAACAGGCAGCCUCAGUUGGGGGAUCAGUUACAUUUUCUGAUUUUGAUAGCCCCCAUUCUGGUAAGAAAUCUACAAGAUCCCGUAACACAUCGAUUAGGAGGGAUCCAGGAUCAGCGAAAUCCACCGUUAAUCGUUCUCUUUCAGCUGCAGGAAGUCAAACAGGCGCUAGCAAGAUCCCACGUAUUACUUCAGUGGAUGGUGGGAUAUCACUUGCUACAGUGGCAAAUUUGAAUGAUAAAAGUAGUAUUAUCCCAGCAUUAACUCAGACAGUUGUUGGUGAAUACUUAUACAAGUACUAUCCACGUUUAGGAGCCUUUGGUGGUAUCAAAUCACGUCAUGAGAGGUUCUUUUGGAUCCAUCCAUACAACAUGACAUUAUAUUGGUCAGAUUCCAAUCCUGCCAUGCCUAAUCCAGGAGAGAGUAAAACCAAAUGUGCAGCCAUCUUAGGCGUAGAAAGUGUCGAAGAUAAUAAUCCUUUCCCCGCUGGACUUUAUCAUAAGAGUAUCAUUGUGAAGACAGGGAAUCGUUCAGUUAAAUUUACAUGUCCUACAAGACAAAGACAUAAUAUUUGGUUUAAUUCUUUAAGAUAUCUAUUACAAAGGAGUAUGGAUGGGAUAAAUAUGGAAGAUAUUGGUACGGAUCCUAACGAUAUGUUAUAUUCUGGUAGGAUUUUCCCGUUACCUGGUGAAGACCUUAAAAAUACUAAUAAGAGGUUAAGUCUAUCAAGGCGAGCCAAAUCAUAUUCCUCUUUAAGACAUGAUAAGUAUCAAUCCGUGGGGAAGCAUUUAAGAACACACCGAUCGAUGAUUGAGUCACCCUAA